AUGACCUUUCCCGUGGUCCCCGUGUGUAACACGGUCCAGGAUGUUGAAGAGUUUUCACUCUGUGGCACGGUGGUGCUUCCGUUCAAAGCCACCGACAACUACAACAAGCACUUUAUCCAGAACUUUCCCCGAGUCAAUGUGAUUAUUGAUCUUCGUCAAGCUGAGGAGGCUGAUGUCACCAAAGUAUUGAACUUGGGUGUCGCUCAAGUAAUUGUCGAUGACAAGGAAAAGGCUUCUGGUUUCCCCGUCUCCAGAGUAAUCGUGGUGGGCGAGGACUUGGUGACUGACACAUCCAAAGCCCCCGACGGGAAUGACCGCAAGUAUGUGGAAUUCGGCACCGAUGCCAAGCAGGAGCAGCUCAACGAAGUGGCCAAGAAGGGCUUCAUUUCUUUGGUCCCGGUAACUGUUCUCACUACCAACCCGAAAGAUACUCUGAAGGUCAAUGUUGGUGAAGUGUUCACUCUGACACUCACCACUGAUAGACCCGAUAAUUUGUACACAACUUUGGUUACCGACCCCGAAGGUGUGUGCCUUGGUGUUGUGUACUCCUCUAUUGCCUCGAUUCACGAGCUGAUUUCCCUGAAAAGUGGUGUUUACCAGCUGCGCAAACGUCCCAAUGAACUCUGGUACAAGGGAGCAACUCUGGGUGCUACUCAACAGCUUUUGAGUCUUUCAAAGGACUGCGACAAUGAUGUGGUCAAGUUCGUUGUCACUCCGAAGUCAGGCUACGGUUUCUGCCACAACUCCAGCGAUUACUCGUGCUUUGGCGACAGACAAUUGGCUGAAGCGGACGCUGCUGUGGGUGGUGGUAUCAGGAAGCUUAGUAAUCUCUUGAGCCAACGCAAGGUAAGUGCUCCCGAGGGUUCUUACACCGCAAGAUUGUUCAACGAUGACGCUUUACUUGUGGCUAAGCUCAAGGAAGAACUUGACGAGCUCAUUGACGCUGGUAAACAAAACGACAAGGCUGAAAUUGCUUGGGAGGCGGCUGACUUAUUGUACUUUAUUCUUACUUGGUGUACCAAGUACGGAGUGCUGUUAGCGGACAUCGAAAAGAAUCUUGACAUUAAAUCUCUCAAGGUGACCAGAAGAAAGGGUGAUGCCAAGCCUCAAUACGAAGCAAAGAAAGAAGAGACCAAACAGGAGCAGAAGGAUAAUGAAGACCCUUACCACAUCGAAGUUAUCGACUACAAUCUGGCUGAUAAGGCGACUAUUGAACGUGCUCUCACCAGACCCGUACAAAAGACUCUGGAUAUCAUGAAACUCGUUCUUCCCAUUAUCAACAAUGUCAAGCAAAAUGGCGACAAGGCUCUCCUUGAGCUUACCGCUAAGUUUGAUGGUGUGACUUUGGACACUCCCGUUUUGAAGGCACCGUUCCCUGAGGACAUGAUGCAAAUUUCUGAUGACAUGAAAAAAGCCAUCGACAUUUCGAUUGCUAACAUUGAGAAAUUCCACGCGGCUCAAUUGCCUAAGGAAGAGAUGAUGACUGUGGAAACUUGCCCUGGUGUCAAGUGCUCUCGGUUUGCGAAACCCAUUGAAAAUGUUGGUUUGUACGUGCCUGGCGGUACUGCUGUGCUUCCCCUGACUGCCAUGAUGCUUGGUGUCCCCGCUAAGGUCGCUGGCUGUCGCAACAUCAUUUUUGCCUCGCCCCCCUCACGUGCCACUGGCAAGUUAACUCCUGAAGUGGUGUACGUUGCUCACAAAUUGGGUGCCAAGGCAAUUGUUAUGGCCGGUGGUGCUCAAGCUGUUACCGCUAUGGCCUAUGGUACUGAGCUGGUCCUUAAGUGUGACAAAAUUCUUGGCCCGGGUAACCAAUUCGUCACGGCGGCUAAAAUGUACGUGCAAAACGACACUCAAGCCUUGUGUUCAAUUGACAUGCCCGCCGGUCCUUCGGAAGUGUUGGUCAUUGCUGACGAGGAUGCCGACGCUGACUUCGUUGCCCUGGAUCUUUUGUCUCAAGCUGAACAUGGUGUGGACUCCCAAGUAAUUCUUGUUGGUGUGUCGCUCUCACUGAAGAAAAUCGCCGAAUUUCAAGAAGCCGUCUCUAGACAAGCUGCCGUAUUGCCUAGAAAGGAUAUUGUUGCCAAGUCGUUGGCUCACUCGUUCACUCUUUUGACCGACUCCUAUGAACAAGCAUUCGAAGUGCUGAAUAGAUAUGCUCCUGAGCACUUGAUUCUUCAAAUUGAGAAUGCUCAAAAGUUUGUGCCCUCCAAAAUUGAAAAUGCUGGGUCCGUGUUUGUGGGUGCUUUGCUGCCCGAAUCGUGUGGUGAUUACUCCUCGGGGACCAACCACACCUUGCCCACGUACGGUUAUGCCCGUCAAUAUUCUGGUGUGAAUACUGCCACAUUCCAAAAGUUUAUUACUGCUCAAGAUGUCACCGAGGAGGGAUUGAAUCUGAUCGGUAAAGCAGUGAUGACCUUGGCGGAAGUGGAAGGACUUGAAGCCCACCGUAACGCAGUCCACGUUCGCAUGGAGAAAUUGGGUCUUCUCUAG